AUGGUCAUAUAUGUAGCAUUAGGAUUUACUCUUCUUUUCCAAGUUGUGACUGCGAAAUUUUAUUGCGAGAAAACUUGGCAGGCCAACCAGGACAAUGGCCUCUGUUACAAGUUCUUCCUAGAAACCCAGACUUGGAAGCAAGCAAGGCAAAUCUGUACAAAACACAGCGGUUUUCUAGUAUCUGUAACCAACGAAAAAGAACAAAACUUCAUCGUGGAGGAUAUUCUGAAGAGUAAUCAAACCUGGUCUGUAUGGGUUGGUGGUCACUCGUUGUAUUACAAUGGCUGGCACUGGGAUAACUAUAGGAGGAAAUUCAAUUUCACACGUUGGGCAACUGGCAGACCCGUCUCUCCACCGAGAUGCAUAGCUAUGGUUGGAGUAGUUGAAUUUAACUGGUCAGACCAGGCAUGUGCAGACGUUCGUCCCUUUAUUUGUGAAAAACCAGCACAUGCGCUACAUUGUGACGGCAGAGCAAAUGUCGUUCAGCUAGAACCAGACAAACUGACCAGUGUCAAUUUCCCUCCAUUUUAUGAUCCCCAUCAGCCAUUCAAAUAUCCUCCCUAUGCAAAAAAUCUAACUUGUCUUUGGAACAUAGUCCCACCUACUGGUUAUAGGCUCGUUAUGGAAUUUGACUUGUUUUGCAACGAUGAUCUAAGGGCAUAUCAAGGAGGAUCUUCCCUGGAUGACGUAACCUGUCAGGUGCGUUCUGGGAAUUUUGUGGUUAACACAACAUUAAUUUUAUCAUUUACAACGAAUUACUUCACCAGACCACGUAGCGAACAAGGAUUUCAGUUCAGAAUGUUUGCAACCAACACAAAAGAAAGUGCCUGUGAUCCAGCAGGAGUCCCAUUAGUUGCUUCAUCUCAAGAACAAAGCAUAACGUCCCCAGGAUUCCCACUUCAGAGAUCCUCCUCCUGUGUGUGGACUCUAGUAUCCCCUGUAAAGGGAUCCAGUAUCUACAUACAGUUCAGGUAUCGCUACAUUACUGACGGGGCGGCACUCAGAAUCCAAAAUGACGUGUUUGCGGGUUCCUCUAUGUUAGAAGAUUCUAGGAUUUUAGCCUACCCUGAAGAAAAGAUUGUCCUGAAUUACACCAGUCCAGGCACGUUCUCUGGACACCACGGCUUCUCACUGAUCUUUUUUACAGACAAUAAAAACAUGGAGUUAUGCACACAAAAAGAUGUUCAAAGGAACCUGUCUGAAUACGGAAUUCCAAUACCAGAAGAACAAUUCAUGAUUUUUUCAGUCAAAGCAUCAAAGCAUAUUCAAAUAGAACUGCACUCGGCAGGCGGAGAAAACUACUUAAUAACAUUUUAUCAAGACCCUCCUGAGAUUGUUGGAACUUAUUCUUGUUUGAAAACAGCAUUAUUAGAUAAGUGUCUUGAAACAUACACUAGUAAAACUUUAGACAGCGGAUUUUUUGUGGAUUUUUGGGUGUCGUGGUCGGAUACCUUAAAGAUUGGUCGCGGAAGAAUACGGGGAGAUGACAUCAUAAUGGAAUACAGAAUUUAUAAUCCCUUGAAAGUUGAUUUCUUAUCAAUUCGAACUAUAAAUGGAACUGGAACGUGGAAAUUUUACGGAUCUGCGGUAAUCACUGAUUUCGUGGAGAUCUGCCACACAUCAGGAACUGCUCUUAAGCAACUGUCGGAUCACAACCUACCAGUCCCAGGAAACAACUACAUAACCUUCUCUGUCAAGAUGUGCGAGAGAGCGAUGAUAAGGUUCAAAGCAACGAAUGGGUCAUACAUGCGAAUUUGGUUAAAUGCUCGUUCAUUAAAAGGAGAUGGAUAUAUUUCAUGCAUCACACACGACAUGCAUAGUAAUAAUACUUACAGCUGUAUUUCUGAUGCUUAUCUAGGCAGUGUUUUAAACUGCAACGAAUUUAGUGACUUUUGGAUUACAUGGGGCAGAAAUACUAAUCUAAGAGUUGGAAAGGGUAAAAUCUUUGGGAAUAAUACAAUGUUCAGCACAGUCACUGCCUUAAUUCCAGCUGAAAAUUCAUUUUCCUUUGGAAGUGAGUCUCGUGAUAAUACGUAUAUUUCUUCUGUAUGGCGAUUUGACAAACCACCUACAACACCAGAAAUCAUUAAUGUAACCAAAAGCGAGGUGGCUCCUUCCUCACUUGGAGUAGAAGGCACAAUACUAACCAUGUCUGUGGACAUCAACGUCAGAUUUGGAUUUGAAGUGAAAUGGUUUAGAAACGGAACCUACGUCACACAGUCUCCUGGGAGAUUCUCAAUCCGCCAAACGCUUUUAGAAGUGAUGAAGUGUUCACUCACAAUCGUCGAACUUAAACUUCGGGAUGAAGCAAAUUGGACCGUGAUAGUCUCAAAUCAACAUUCAGAAGCCACGGCGAGUUUUGAUAUAAAGGUCAAACCAGGAAUAAAUCUAGAAAUCUCUCCACAUUACAGAAUGGCUGUUCAAAGAGGAAGUACACUGGAACUAGUUUGUAACAUAACAAAUUUACAAGAUCUAGAGGGACUGCCGAUAGACAUUUCUCUAUUGACCUGGUACAAGAACGGCGUUAGAUUAAUACAAGAAAUAGCGAAACUUACCAUGACGACGAGCCGGUCCUCCAGUCUCCUUCGGAUUCUGUCCGUGGAUCCCAACGACCAGGGCACCUAUUCCUGUAACCAUGAAAUAUAUCGGGUAUCGAGGGUAAUAAACACAACAGUGGACAUUUAUAACAAAGGUGCAACCGUGUGUCCCUCAUCAAAAGAUAUUUAUGGAAUUUUAUGGCCAACAGUAAUUCCCGGAUCCCUCACUCAUUCUGAUUGUCCUGAGGGACAACAAGGAAAUGCCAGCAGAUUUUGUGAUUAUAACGGAAACUGGAAGAAGACAAGCGUGUCUUACUGUGUGGAUGCAGAGUUUUCCAAUACCUUGAAUGAGCUCCAGGUUCUAGAAGAUGACGGAGUAUUAGAUAAAAUGUAUAUUGAACAAACUUUUGAAAGUUCCCUCAAGAAAACAGAAAACCUUACUGCCUCCAAGACCGAAAUCUCCUCAGCAAAUCUACUGUCCUCCAUUAAUAUCAUAAACACAGUUCUCAGAGUAGCGACACAAAGCAACGCUUCUGUUCCUCAAAAAAAUGUGUACAGUAUUGUGGACCAUGUUGCUUCUGCAGACAAUAGAGAAUCUUGGAAGCUUGUUGACGAGGAGACACACAGUGGACCGGAAUCGGUUUUGGAGACAAUGGAUUGGACCAACUCUCUGCUGAUGAAGGAGCUGAAAUCAGAAGAAUUUAGAGGAGAAAAUGUCGUAGUCAACAUCAGUGAGGUAUCAUUACAAGAAGCAGAGCUACGCUUUCUGGAGAAUGAAUCCUUCAUCGUGCUUCCAAAGCAAGAGGGGCAAAAACAAGUAACAAAAUAUUCUGCUGUUCUGUACAAAACGAUGUCUCAGUUUUUACCAUCUAAAACAAACAUUUCUGGCUCAGGGACUGACCGAGUUAUCAACUCUAUGGUCCUGGCGCUAACAUUGGAGCAAACAUCCAGAGGACUCUCUCCUCCAAUAGAGUUGACAUUCCAACACAACAGAGAAGUAAGAGUAGUGGAAGGAGAAGCCGAUUGUGUAUACUGGGAUUACACCUUAUUUGACAAUGCCGGAGGAUGGUCAACAGAAGGGUGUUUUAUGAAUUCCACAGAGAAUGGUGUGACGGUCUGUCUGUGUAACCACACUACAAACUUCGCUGUUCUGAUGAGACCUUAUACACCGGAAAAAGAAGAUUCUGUCCUUGUCAUAAUAUCCAUUGUUGGUUGUGUUAUAUCCAUGUUGUUUGGUGUACUGACGAUAACUGUAUACGCUAUUCUCUGGAAGCAAAUAAAAAGUGACCAGAAUGUUCUUAUAAUAUGUUUGUGUGUCUCUCUCUUCCUUGCAUACCUGAUACUGCUUGCAGGAGUUGAUAAUGCUCAAAAUGAGGCAGCAUGUGUGGUAGUUACGCUUUUCCUGCACUUUUUCCUUCUACUAACCUUCUUUCUGAUGUUUGGAGUCGGAAUGUUCUUUUUCAUGAACGUCACUGUGUUAUUUUAUGCAAUGGGCAUCGCCAACAAAUUUAACUCAAGAUCUAGGCUAAAGUGGAUUCUUGGUCUAGCCACGUGUAUUCCAUUGGUUAUCGUUCUUAUCACACUUGGAAGCUGUUGGGACACACAGUACCACGCAGAAGCAUUCUGUUGGUUGUCAGUGUCCUCGGGAGCUAUCUAUGCCUUCAUUGUCCCUGUUAUUCUUAUAUUCCUGCUAAAUGUUUGUAUAAUUGUGUCAUUGUUACGGGUUAUGUUUUUGACAACAAAAAUGAAGAAAGCUGAGUUUAAGGAAAAGGCCAGAAACGCCCUUAGGAGUGUAUGUACUCUUGUUCCUGUUCUCGGAAUCACGUGGAUUUUUGGAAUCUUCGCCAUUAAUGAGGAUCUUGUAGCAUUUCAGUAUAUAUUUACCAUUGCAAACUCAAUACAGGGUCUGUUAAUAUUCAUCACACACGUGCUGCUAAAUAGAAAGAUUAGAAAAGCGUUACAGGCAAAGUAUCCAUUCUUGAAAGGAAAACGAGACAAGUCAGCUUACAAAGAGAAAGAUCACAGAGUGGUAUCCUCCACAGCCUCUGAGAAUUCCACUUCAAACACACAGACAAUGGCAUUGGUUCCUGCUGGUUAUACGGAAUGUAAAAAUCCUGACAUAGUUGCGGAAAAUGACAUACAAAUCGAAACAAAGGAAACGCAUUCAAAGACAUUCAAUGAAAAUAAAGUCUUCGAAAAUCAUUUCUACGUCAGCUCACUGGAAACAAGGAUUGAAGGAGGUAAAAUUCUCACUCAGACAGAGACCAAAAAACACUCUCAAACUGAACAAAAAGUCAAAAUGUUUGAAUCAAAGUUCUCGUCGAGUAAUGGUUUAACUGAAAAGAGCAGACAAGAGGAAAUUAAAUGGGGCGGUGGAGCAGUUUCUAUACAAUCUCAGGCCCACUCCGAGGGAUACGAGGAAGUAAGACUUAGCAGGGAGGUUAGGGUGAGGCAGACUAAGAUGACUCAGUUGACGGUAGGAAACAGCACGCUGCAGAAUAAAAUUCAUUUUAUAAAAAAGGAUGACGGAGAAUAUGAUGCUUAGCAAGACAGUUGGUCUGGACCCUUAAGGAAAAUUCAGAGUGAUUUUUACGGUGCCAAUAAAUGGCGUGUUCUACUAAAACAGAACAACCGAUUAAAAAGAAGAACCGGAGAAAGUUAACAACGUUCUAUAUGACUUUGAAUAAUACUCGUCACUACACAAAUAAAAUGUGCCUGAAGGUGUUUUCACUUCUUUUUAGCCUAAGAAUGUAUAUUUAAGAUGAGUAAGACCAGACUCCGAUCACCUUCACAAUGCUUAUAUACAAAUAUUGUACUUGUUUGUAUCUCUGAAAAGGAUUCUGGUCCUUACUAAAGUUUAACCAUUUCUUUUUUGAAUAAGCAUUUUUAUGAUGUUUAUUAUGAUGAAGUUGUAAGGACUGUAUUGUAACUAAAUAUGUAUAAAUAUAUUUAUAGAGUUGCU